GCAGCAAAACACUGCGAAAGGCGCGAUGGUGACGUAAUUUUAAUGAGACGGAAGUUUACCGAUACAACGUCGAUGACUGUCAUCCAAAUUUCUUUUUAAAAUAUUCCCAAGGCGACAAGAGUUAAGAUAUUGAGGAACGUCUCCUUCUUAAACAGUAAAAGAUGCACGGUCGAGUGAAGGUAAAGUCCACAGCCCAGCAGGAGGAGGAGAAAAGAAAGGAACGGGAAAAGAAAUUGAAGAUAUACACAGCAGCACGAGAUGCCUGUUUUUCCAAGAGGAAAGAGGGUAUUUGCGACGAAGAAGCCCUCCACUUGACCCAGCAGCUGCUAUCAUCGAACCCUGACUUUGCAACACUUUGGAAUUACAGGAGAGAGAUCCUCAUGCACCAGGAAACCGUCAAAGACGAGUGUGAAGUACAAAAGAUGUACCAGACCGAGCUGUCUUUUCUGGAGUCUUGCCUGAAAGUCAACCCAAAGUCAUACGGCAGCUGGCAUCAUCGAAGCUGGGUCUCGGAACGUGUGCCUCAAAUGGACUGGGCCCGGGAGUUGAGCCUGUGCGACCGCUGCCUCAGCUUAGAUGACCGCAACUUUCACUGCUGGGAUUACCGGCGGAUCGUCGUGAAGAAAUCCGCUGUCCCCGUGGGAAAGGAGUUGGAGUUCACUGAUCGUCUCAUCGGCUCCAACUUUUCCAACUACUCCAGCUGGCAUUACCGCAGUACCCUGUUGCCCCUUCUCCACCCGCAGUCCCCCGAAUCCGCCCCCCCGACGGGCUCCUCGCCUCCCUCGCCGCAGAACCACUCCCAUCGCGUCUGUGAAGAGCAGCUGCUCAAAGAAUAUGAGCUGGUGCAGAACGCUUUCUUCACCGACCCCAACGACCAGAGUGCUUGGUUUUAUUAUCGUUGGCUUCUAGGCAGAGCCGAGCGUGAAGAGAUGAUUAGUUGUGUGUUCAUCAGCCGCGAUGAAGAGAGGGUGGCUGUUGCCUUUUCGAGGCCGGUCCAGGCGCAGUCCGGUGGGCUGCUGCUUGUGCUGGAUGGUCAGCCGCUGCAAGUGGACUGGAGAAGCAUCCACCCACGAUUUAAACAUAGUUCCGUCUGGAUAUGCGAUCUUCCUCCAGGGUCCAUCAACAACAUCGCUAAUGAACACAAUCUGAUGGUGCACUGGCCCGAAAAACACACUCGGCGAGAUUGCACCAUGUACACAGGUCGAAAUGAGAGUUGGUGUCGUGAUUCCGCCACCGAUCAGGAGCUCUUCAGGAGUGAACUCUCUGUGGAAAAGAGUUCCGUGUUGCAGUCUGAGCUACAAUCAUGUAACCAGCUGCUAGAACUGGAGCCGCUCAAUAAGUGGUGUUUGCUCACCAUUAUCCUGCUGAUGAGGGCGCUAGACCCCCUUGGCUACGAAAAGGAGACGCUCGCUCAUUUCCAAACUCUCAAAGAAGUGGACUCCAUGCGCUCAGCCUAUUACAGUGACCUGUGCAGCAAAUUUAUGAUCGAAAACACCAUUUUGAAAAUGGAGUAUGCUGAAGUGCGCGUCUUCAGCGUCUCCAACAAGAACCUGACAACCUUGUGCCAUUUGGACCAGCUGCUCCUCAUCACUCACAUCAAUCUGUCCUCUAAUCAGCUGCGCCGCAUUUCCUUUCACUUCUCCAUGUUACAGUGCCUGAAGGUGUUGGAGGCUGAAAACAACUGCAUAGAAAAUUUAGAAGGAGUCUACUGCCUGCCCAAACUGGAAGAGGUCCUCUUGAAGAAUAACAACAUUGCCACGCUGGCAGCGCUCCGGCCGCUCGCCACCUGCCCCAAGCUGCGGCGUCUCGAUCUCCGCGGCAACCCCGUCACUCAGAACGCCGACGCCGAGUCGCAUCUCGCGGAGCUUCUGCCUUCCGUGGCGUGCCUCCUGCUCUGAUGCGCCGCCGGCGGGCGGCGGGCCCGUCACUCAAGGAUGACGCCGCCGCCGCUGGCGGCUGGUUUGUAAAGGAGUGAGUGGAUAAUUUUUUUUUUUUAACAAGUGAGCUGUCACUUCCACUUGUUUGGUGGAAAUUUGAUCAAAACAGCCCCCACUCGUCUGAAUGCCUCUGAAGGCGGAUAUCAAAACACCUAUAAUGAAAAGUCUGUGUUGUUCGUGCGUGUGUGUGUGGUUGAGUCAUAACUGCUUUUUUUCCCUCAAAAUGUGUGAAUGAAGCUCUAUUAAUACCUCCAAAUGCAUGAUGCAAAAGCUGCAAUAAUGGAAAUACUGUAAUUGACAGUGUGUGGAUGGAUCCGCGCAAUCACGUUUAUAAGCUUGUGAGACACUUAAAGCAACGGUAAGAAACGGGAAUGGCGCUUCAUGCGGUGUGACGAUACGAGCAGGGCUCAAUGUGACUGAGUUCUGCAGUUCUUAAAUGUUUUCCAAUGAGUGCCAUCAUAAAAAAAAAAACUAUACUCCACAACGUCAAAAUGCAGUGGCAAUGAAGGCAUUUCAAUGUUCAUCAGAAAUGAGUACGUUGAGCAUUCUUGUAAGCCACUCCAACAUGCUGCAGUUUGUCAUGUUCAAAUGGAGGGGGAAAAUAUUCUGUUCAAAUGUAUUGCGCACAUUACAUAUAGUGCUGAAAUGUUUCAAAAGAAAACGUUCACACGAUUAAAUGCAAAUUAAUUGAACCUAAAGGUUAAAUACAAGUGAACUGUGAACUUCGGCAGUGAUUUUUUUCUUACCACUAGGGGGAGUUCGAGUACGACUAGUUGUUAGAAAACCACUAAAGGGUUGACUGCAGUUAUACUUGAAGCCUUUUGCCCCGAUGAGGGACCGACCCCUUCAGGAAAUCGUGAAACGCCAUAAUUUAAUGCCCCUCUCAAGAUAUUUAUAAAUAACUGCUUAUAUUAAUAGUGUAAUUGGGAAAUAUACCACAAACUAUCAUGCAAAAUUACGAACAUUCUAAACCCAUUGACACACAAAGCUUGCGUCUCACUUUGGUCUUAUAUUCGGUUAGUGAAUAGUGAACCUAAAACGUGCUGGGGGGGGAGGGGUGGAGUUGCUUAUCAAGUCUGUUCACAAUCUUUUUUAGUUAGGCUCCUUACAAACACAAACAAAAGGGCUCAUUAGGGUCGUCACUCACUGCUCUGUUUGAAACCACACAAUGACAGGAGAAAAUGUGGAAAAUAAAGAAGCCAAACCAGUGAUUGUAUGGGAUUAAAAAAAAAAAAAUCGAAACCAACUCAUGCCCCAUGGGCCAUAACCAGCCUGCCAGAGCAUGGAUCCAACUGGACAUAAUAUUUCAAAAAUAUCCAAUAUUAAUGAAAGAAAAAGUAAAAAAAAGGUCCCAAAGCAUCUCUCCAUUUAUUUUCGGUUGCACUUGCACUCGUUAGGGUCAGAUGAAAGCUGAAAAUGCAUAAUGCAGGUUUUUAAAAUAGUUGUAUCAGUACCAAAACUGAUUAAAACACAUUACAUUACUUUAACCUUCCUUUUACAACAUUAACAUUCCUGGGUCAAUAUGACCCGUCAUUGGAAAAGUGAAACUAAAAUCACCUCACUUUGGAUUUUCAACAUUAUGUUUACACUUUGAUAGCCACGUUUUUUUAAAAGACAGAAACUCUUUGCAUUUGGUUAAUUUUACCACCAAUAUGACAGAAGGUUGGAGUGGGUCAGUUUGACCUUUUAGGUCAGAAACGGGUGGGGGUGGGUGUUAGAAUCCUAAUCAACAUUCUUGGACACGUGUUAACUCAGUUAUUCUCAGUUUCUCUCAAUAUCUUUUUGUUGCUUCCGUCUAUUCAGCCACCAGACGUUUUAAAAAACCAGCUUUGCAAUGGGUCAAUUUGACCCAUUACCCAUAAAUGUCAGAAAUGGAAAAGAAAAUCUCAUUCACUCCAUUACUCAUCACCGCAAUCACUAUGUAUAGUUGGAAUGUUAGUGUUAAUGCUAAUCCAUGGCCUGGAUCAGUUUUCUGAAUCUGAAUCUGAAAAUAUCCGGCAAUGGCCAGACGCACACAAAAACGUGAUUUGCACAUUUCUUAUUGUUGCUUUAAUAUCUGUGGCCUAUAACUGAUGAUUGUGGCGUUGCCUACUUGUCACGUGUCAUGCACUACCAAACCGCUCUGUGGCGCAAAACAUUUAUUGUACAUGUCGGGGAUGAAGCUCCCCUGUCGCCACAGAUCUAUAACGGAACAUUAAAUGGUGUCACUUGCCUUAA